CGUACUUUAGGCCUACUGUUUCAAUGUCACUUCCGGUCGUGUGGACGCCAUUUUGUCGAUAAAAAUCAGAUAAGUAAAAAUGAUUCCUUAAACAACAAUCGAUUUAAUCGAGAAUCAAGAUCACCAUGAAUCCACAUAUACCAGGAGGCUUGCUGCCUAUGAUGAUGCCCCAACAGAUAGGAGGGCAGCAGUACAUGAUGGCAGUGAGGUUACCUUCUGGUGGUUUACCAGCAGCAGCAGCUGCCCAGCCAUAUAUGACAGCUGGAGUACCUGGAGUGCAGGGUCUUCAGGGAUUACCAGUGACUUUAGCACAACCACAGAUGAUCUCUGCUGGUCAUUUGGCUGCCUCACCCUCCCCACAGGCAGCAGCCCUUGCUGCCAUUCAGCCAUCACAAGCAUCUACAUCAUCAGCAACCACGGCAGCAACUCCAGGAAUUAUGUCCAUAGCAUCAUCCAUACCACAACAAGUUCCUGCAGGGGCAGCAGGGAUUCCAGCCAGUUACCUAGCAGCACAGUAUGGUGUUCCAGGGAUACCGGGUAUGCCUGGCUUGCCUGGUAUGUCACUUACUGGUGGUGCUAUGGCUGGACUGGUCUCAAGUGCAAGUCCAAUGUCAGCAGGACAGUUAGCUGUAGCAGGUGCACAGUACCCAGGGCUUACAGAGUGGUCUCAUCCACAUGCAGGUGCCCAGGUUGUCACCCAAGCAGGAGCACAGGCUGCACAGUUUGCUGGAGGUAUGGCACCCAGUGCUUACAGUCAACAGGUAGCGAACCUUGCCAAUGCACAGCUAGCUGGUCUACAGGCACAGCAGAUGGCAGCAGGAAUCCCAGCCUCGCAUCUAGCCCAGUAUGGAAGUCAGUUACAGGCUACAAGUCUGGCAGGGUUACAGAUGGCAGGCUUGCAGCAAGGGCUACAGCAGGCCAUACCUACACAGGCAACACCACCUCCAGCUUCAACAACACCAGACAAUAAAAAGAAAAUACAACAAGAAAUAGCAGCAGCUCAGACAAUGCAAGGAUUGCAUGUAGCAGGAUAUGGGGCGUAUGCAGUAGAGCAGGCACAGCUUCAACAAGCCGAGUUCCAGGAGCAGGAUACAAGUGGCGAGGAUAGUGUGGUCAUGCUGGAUGAUUAUAACUCGGACUGUAAUCUUGUCAUUGAUGAGAAUGGUUACGAUGCCCAGCCAUUAGUUGAUCCACCAGGAUUCUGCUUCUGUUGGUCAGGUGUAAGGUGUACACAUGGGGUGACUAGAGGAAAGGCAUAUUAUGAAUGUAAGUUGACAGAAGCACUACAAGUUGAUUUUGGUGAAGAUCACCAGGAAGUUAAUCCACAUAUAGUCAGAGUGGGCUGGUCAAUGGACAGCACAUCAUUUCAGCUGGGUGAAGAACCAAAUUCUUACGGUUAUGGUGGUACAGGAAAGUUCUCAACUAACAACAAAUUUGUCAACUAUGGUGAGAAGUUUGGUAUUGGUGAUGUGAUAGGCUGCCUUCUUGACCUUGACUCUCGACCACCGAACAUGUCAUAUGCCAAGAAUGGGCGCUGGCUAGGUGUAGCACAACCUUUACAUGGAUUCCAAGUAGGAAAGAAAGAAACAGCAUUGUUUCCUCACAUUCUUACAAAAAAUAUCAGGUUUGAAGUAAACUUUGGUCAGCAGGCUCCAUGGUUCCCCCCAGCACCAGGCUUCAUGUAUAUCAUGCAGUAUUCAGUCAAUGAGCGAGUGAGAGGAUUGAAACCACCUUCCACAAAAUCUUCAUGUGAGAUGAUCAUGAUUAUUGGUCUACCCGGGUCAGGAAAAACAACUUGGGGUAUCAAUAAAGCUAAAUCCAGCCCAGAAAUGAGGUAUAACAUUAUUGGUACAGACACACUCAUUGAUAAGAUGAAAGUGAUGGGAUUGCCAAGAAAAAACAACUACCAUGGUAGAUGGGAUGUCCUCAUUGACAAAGCUUCAAAGUGUCUCAACAAAUUAUUUGAAAUUGCCAGCAAAAAGAAGAGGAAUUUGAUACUUGAUCAGACCAAUGUUUAUCCAUCAGCCAGACGGAGAAAGAUGAGAAAUUUCAAAGGUUUCAUAAGAAGGGCAGCAGUGUUAGUCCCUGAUGAUGCUGAACUGAAGAGGAGAUCAGAUAAACGUACAUAUGAGGAUGGGAAGUAUGUUCCAGAGGAGGCUGUGUUGGACAUGAAAGCCAACUUCAAACUACCUGCAGAGAAUGAUGACAACUUUGACUACAUAGAAUAUAUUGAACUGCCAAGGGAAAAGGCUGUUUCUCUUGUCGAACAGUACAAUUUGGAGGGUCAGACUAAGAGACCUCAGGCAGUGAAGGGUGGUGGUUUCCGUGGUAACCAGAAUGAUAACAGGUUCAAGCCUCCAGCAGACAUGAAGCAGCCUCCGCUGCCACCAGGAACCUUCCAUGGUUCACAAAACCCCUCACAAAGGGGCUCCCAACCUCCCCCACCCCCUCCUCCUGAUCAUUUUGGUGCUCAGCGCCAUAGAGAUAGAAGUAAUGAGCCCCCUGAAAAACGAGCCCGCUAUGACCAGAAUGCAGGUGGCAGUGCUCUUGAUUUCAUUAAACAAGAGUAUAGUGGUGAAGCAGAAGCACAAGAUCAGUUUCAGGACCGUAAACCAGAAGCUUGGCAGGCAUUUGGAGGAGAGCAAUUUCCUCAAUUGGCUCAGCAGGUGGUUACAUCUUCCCAACUUCAGGAGCAGUUUGCUGGAAGGGGUCUUAUUGCUGUAGGGGCACAGCAUUUAUUAGGACAGUUACAGCCAGGGCAGGGGCUUUUAGGAGAAUAUGGAAGUCAGCAGAAUGAACAGUUAGCUGCGAUAGCUUACGGUGCCCAGACUGCCUUUGUUGGAGGAUUUAAUCCACCGGUGGCUACAAUUAAACAAGAACCUGCUGAACAGGGUCAGCAAUCCUGGCAAGGUCAAAACAGGGCUCAAAAUCAGCAUAUAGGUCAAAAUAAUGCUAACAGGGGUCAACCAAAUAGGCCAAAUCAAAAUUUUAAUCAAGAUCAGAAUAGAAACCAAGGUCAAGGUAGUAGACCUAAUUCUGGGUUUGGGGGUCAAAGGAAUCCUACACCACCUAGUUCUAGGGCAAAUCAGUUUGGAUCCCAGCCUCCACAAAGAAAUGUUGGUAGUCCUGGUGCAGCAAACAGAAAUCAAAAUUUCCAAGGUCGAGGAAACCAAAAUCAGUUUAACGUUGAACAAAGUCAAGAUCAACAGAACUCUGAAUCACAGGAAGAUAAACAAAUAAAACGUGAAAGGCGGAGACCCAGUAAAUGGGAUACUCCAGAAGAUAACAAAGACAAUGAAAAUUCAUCAUCAGAAAAUGGACAACAAGACUUUCAGAAUGCUUUGUCCAACUUGAGAAACAAAAUAGCAGAACAAGAAGCUGCAAAUUCUCAGAAUAACCAAGGUGAUAAUAAACCUCCAAUAAAUGAGUCUGGUAACCAUGGCUUUAAUCAAGGGGGUCCUCCCGGGGGUCCACCAGGUGGUCCAAACAAAGGGGGUCCAGGAAUGCCAGGUAUGAUGGGUCAUGGACCAAGGGGACCACCUCCUAGAGGGAUGAAUCCAAGAGGCCCUCCUCCAGGUAAUUUCAAUGGUCCGCCUCCACCAUUUGGUCAACCUGGCCCACCAAGGGGUCCUCGGGGUCCGGGAAUGGAUGGUCCGCCACCAUUUGCUAGAGGCCGGGGUGGUUUUCAAGAAAGGGGCCCACCGGGGAAUAGAGGUCCUCCUCCAUUAAGACCUUUUGGCCCAAGAGGUGAUGGAGAUGGUCCUAGGGGACCAGGGGGUCCUGGACCAGGUUGGAAUCCUAGACCAGGGGGUCCUCCAGGAGGUCCUAGAGGGUUCAAUCCAAGAAUGGGAGGGCCUCCAGGGCCAAGAGGCCCUUUUGGUGGUCCACCUGGAAGAUUCAAUCGACCGCCACCACCCAUGGGACAGAACCGCUGGCAAAGGCCACCACAUUAGAUGUGAACUUGCAUGUCUCAUAUGAGUCGUUGAUCAUGUUUUAUAAUGUAAACAGACACUGGUAAUUGAUCAGAAGUGUGACAAAUUUCUGUUGUUAAAUGGACUUUGGUCUUCUCAACAGGCAUGUUUCAUAAAAUUAUUGUUGUGCACUGAUAUUAGUAGCUAGAAUAAAUAGAGUAUUUUAUUCUUGGUACCUUUUAUAAGCACUAUUCUUAAUUUACCUGCCAUAGUCUAGUUGGUAACUGCUUGCUUAUCUUGUUUAAACAGUAAAAAUUUUAUUUCCAACAAUGGUAACAUUAAUACCUUGUCUUGCUUUUAAUAUAUUUUGUAUUUUAGAUCGUGAGUUAUUCUUUGUAAACAUAUUUGAAAUUAAGCAUAUUUCCUACUUAUUAGUAUUACUUAACAAUGAAAUGUGCUUUAAAAACAAUCAGGCAUUUCUCUAAAAAUAUUUUUAUUUUCAUCUAACUUUUACUGAAUUUACAUUUUCCUAUAUUGCUAUGCUUUCGUUUAAAAUACUCAGAUACUUUACAACUUCAUCUGUUUCAGUUUCAUACGUACAUGUAUACAUAUACAUACAUCUAUCGUAUACCUUGAAUUUAUGUUAAAAUGCUUCUUUCCUUCCAUUGCUUUUCAGAGAUCAACAUUUUCUUUAAUUUUAAAAAAGGAUGAAAAUUUAAGCAGAUACUGUAUUUUGUUUCAGCCAGGGCUACAAUUUUGGUUGAUUAACUUAUUUCAGCAUGCACUCUGAGGAACAUAAAUCUUAAUAGCUUUUGAUAGGUAAUAGGAAUACGACUUAAAAAAGUUCUGAAAAACUAAAAUUGGUAUGUUUAUUUGUAAGAAAAUUUAAUAAUAUAAAAUGUUUCAUAAUUUUUUUUAUAUGAAGUAAAGGUGACCGUGUAUGCUGUGAACACAAUGUCCUGUUUCAAUGUCGUAGUCAUUAUUGGUUAUGGUUUCGUUUUCUCAUCAUUUUUGUCGUAAUGAAUACAUAAAAUACGCGAGUAAAUUGUAGAAAGCUACUUACAGUCGUUUUCCUUGCAUGGAGUAUGCUUUGUGUUUUUAAUCUUUCCUCAGCCUCCACCUUUUUCAGUCAGCUAUGACUCCACACAGUUAGUGUCUUUGUCCUCAGUUUUCAUUUCAGUUUACACAAAAAAUAAGGUUUUUGUGUGUGUUUUUUUUUUCAGCAACAGUUUGUCAUUCCAGCAUUGUAGUUUAACUACUAACUGUACAUAACAGACAUUUUAAAUUCAUAAUUUUGUUUUGCAAAGUCUUCUGUUUCAGGUUAUUAAGUUCAGGAUUAUUUAUGAAUUCAGUCGGCACAUUUGAAAAUAUUAAGUUGUGUUAAUAAUAUACAGUAACAAAUCUUUUAAUGAAAUGUAUAGCAUAUUUAUUUUAAAUUUUCAAAUAUUUGGUAGUCUACAGUACACUUACUUACAUCCUUUAUAAAUAUGUCUUUAAUUUUCAGCUUUAUUUGUAAACCAUUUGUUCUACAAUGUUGACAUAUUUAAAAUAAAUCAUGAGACAUUCUA